AUGUUGGGCAUCGAACGGAAGUACCAGCCAGAAGCGCUUCCCAUCGAACUCAUUGCAGAAAUCAUCGCUAUUGCUGUAAACGGUGGCUCAAUUCCUCGCGAAGUGUCACGGUUCCUUGCAGCUAGCUCGCUGGUGUCUCGCACCUGGAAUGCACUCUGCCGACCGUACAUCUUCCACACUAUCACCAUAUCGUUCGAGAGAGCGCAUCACAAGCUCUACUUCCUUCACUUCGAGGCUCCACACCUCAGCCAACAUAUCCACGCACUUGAGCUUUAUCUCUGGCCGUCUCACCCAUGCACUGCUGAGGAAUGGUUCCCCGAAUGUUGUGGUCGGCUGAAGAAUCUGCGUGUGUUGCACUUCGAGUCUCGGCCAAGCUUUGACUUGUCAAUGGCGCCAGCGCCGCUUGCCGCGGGGAUUUCAACCAUGCUUUCUGCACCUCGCCUUCGCAAGGUGGUGUUACGUGGUUGGAGGUUUCGCGGAGACGCUUCUGAUGUCACCAACAUGCUGUCUCCCACUCUGGAGGGACUAAUCAUCCAAGACUCAUCGACCAGAUCCGGUGAGGGGGAGGGGUCGUCUACCAUACGUCUGGAUGCUCUUCGAAGCCUAGAGAUGCUAAAUGUAUCCGACCGUCUGCUCCGAUUCGACAACCUCAUCCAAUGUCCGAAUCUCCAUAGCUUUACCGUUGAAUGGUCUCCUUACCAGCACUGGGAUUUACCAAUAUGGCUCUCAGACAGUCUUUCAGAGCUCAGGUUGAAAGCUGUACCCGGUUGCGAUAUUCCCAACUUUGGGAUGGUCGUAAAGCCAUCUGUGAUGGUCAUUGACCUGGUCACUUGGAGCUCGUUCCUCGACAUCUUUACUUGGAUCAAGGAUUGCUUAAAUCAUCUUCCAUUUCCCAACUCCAUUCAGACACUUACACUCAAUAUCGAGCGCACUUACUUCGACCUGCUUCAUACAGAGGAGCUUCACCCUGAAGCAUCGGAUUACAUGGUGUUAUCACGAUCCCUUCGACAACUUGUCGAGCACGGAGAGUUGAAAUAUAUCAACCUCGAUAUCAAGAUGGACGCAAGGAAGUUGUCGAGAUCGAAGGACUUGCAUAUCGACGAGGGGCGAGGGCUAGCAAAGCUGAAGACUGGAUUUGCAGGGUUGUUGGAAGCAAAUGUGCUCAACAUAAACUUAAUCUUAUUGCAGCGAUCAGGAAACAGAGUUCUCGAGACGGCUUUAGCCCGUAGACGUUAA